AUGGCUGCUCGCAUUAGCGUUUUAUAUAAGGGUUCAAAGGUGUUACAGUACGAAAGUCCAUGCAUCGAAGUUGGCAGACUAAAUGAAGUUUCUGGAUCGAACUUGGAACAGGAGAGUAAGAGGACUGCCCAUUUCAAAUCGUUAUGGCAACAAAAUGUAAAUGUGUUCAGCUCCUCUUCCAGACCACCCUGUGUCGAGGAAUUGCAUCAAGAGGCACAGCUCAACCUUCAGGCUCUGCUUCAAGAAGAGUUUGGUGAACCUGCGGUACAGAACGAAGUGGCUGCAAAUACCUUUGGACACAAACCAGUUCUCAACAGAGAGGCUGUACCUGACAGUUGUUCCAAAAAAGGGGAAAAGCGUAUGGAAUUUGUUUUGAUGCCAAGCACAAGAUCUAAUAGUGAGGAUGAGGCAACCACCAUUGGUAUAAGACCACAAGAGCUAUUUCCGAACUUGCCAUCAACACCAGAAAAGUCACACAAGUGGAUUCAGCCCAUACCACCAUCAACGACAGAGGAAAAAAGGUGGCACCAGCAGCGGACUGUUCAGGCGGAUCUCGUACCUAUCAAUGUGACUGGGGAGACCCUUGAGCGACACGCAAACACACACCAGUCUUUGUUUAACACAGAGACUGCAAUGAACCCAAAGAGUACGCUGAGGAGGAGACGGACAAUCACUGGUUUGCACGAGUCUAAUCAGCCUAUACAAGGCCUUUCAACAGAAGGUUCCUCAUCUCCACACACACUAACGGCUGCAGAGGCACCUCAGCAUCUCUUUAAUUUUGAUGAAGAUCUUAGUGUUACCAAUGGGAAAAGGGAUGUGGUCAGCAAUGUUGGAAUAGGGCAGUCUUUUCCCACAACGCUCAGGAAGGUACAGAGUGAUCUGGGUCAAAUAACAAACUCAAAUCUAUCUCAAUCUUCAGGGAAUAUCACAUUCACAAUGAACAAUGCACAAAUGAUGCACACAUCUCUAAGUGAACAUAGUUUCUCUUCACUUAACUCCUCUUGGGAUCAAAUGCGAGGAAUUAGUUUUUCUUCUUCCUGGAAUAACUCAAGUGAUAUAAACCCACCAAACUCUGUGUCAACAGAAGCUAUGCAUGUUGAUGGACACGCUCUAGAUACAUUCAGCCAAACUUAUUGCAAUGGCCAGUCUCUCAAACAGCAUGCAGUUUGUUCCCCAACUCAAAAGCAGAUGUUGCCCCAUGCUAAUACAUCGGGUCCAGGAGACCCAUCUCAUUCCUCAGACAGCCGGAUGGAGGGUCAUCGUCAUUCAUCCAGUGGAGCUUGCAACGGCAGUACUUCAAUGUGUGCUCCUCAAAUUUCAGAUGUGGCUUUAUCUGUAUCACUUCAAUGCUUGAAACAUUCUUCACCCUGUGAUUCAGAACUAUCAUUGAAUGCUGGCUCCCAUUCAGAAUGCAAUGUGGCAUUAUCAACCUUUUUGCCAAGGGAAGGUCAAGCACAAAAUACCAGAGGUAAUGCAUUUGGCUCUUUCACAUCAACUAGAGGAGAAACAGCAGCAAGGACUUCGAACCUUAAGGAUAUAAGGACCAAUCAUGAACGAAUUAUCGUUUACACAGCCAAUGACCCAGAUGAAGAAACAAACUCAAACCUGGAACUUCAAGUCCAUUCUAAUACAAAUACUUGCAAGUUCCGGGAGAGAUCAUUGUCAACUCCCACAGAUUCUGGAUCAUGUUGUUCAUCAGAUGCUAUAAGAAGCUAUGAUUCCAAGUGUUACGAUCACUCGCGGCGACAUAGUGAAAAUUACAUCAUGCGUUAUCCAAGUGCCAGCUCAGAAGAAAGCCAAAGCACUGAGAAUGUCUCCGUGAUAACAGAUCAGGAAGGAACACAAAAAUCAAGGACUCGGUCGAGGAGUAUUUCCCUGAAAAAACCAAAGAAAAAGCCUAUUCCACCAGUGCGUAGUGUUUCUCUGAAGAAAUGUGGAGUUAGCCCUAAACUUGAAGAAAUUGCACCAAACAUCUCACCAGGAGGGAAUGGGCAUAUAAAGCUCUUUGUCCAUCCAGAGAAGCAAGUCAAUCAAAGUGAGUCAAUAGACAGCAAUGAAUCCAGUGGUUUUGUAUCAGAUGCACGUUCUAGUUCUGCUACACCCACACUGAGAGAUGGAGAACCCAUACGGUAUCCAGAGCAUUGGUUUCUUAAUGAUUGGAAAUCCAAUGAUCCGUACAGAUCAUUAUCAAACUCUAGCACUGCGACAGGUAUAACAGUAAUUGAAUGUGCAAAGUCACGUGGUAGUUCUGAAUCCUUGACAUCUCCAUCUAUUUCAAGAGCUACAACACCGUCCCAAUUGUCUGUGGAAGCUGAAUCUAAAAUGUCAUCUCCAGGGAAGCUUCCUGGUCUGAUGUCGCCAUCUAGUGGUUACUCAAGCCAGUCAGAAACUCCAACGUCUGUUUUCACUAUGUCUGUUUAUCAAGGCCAUGUAGCACAACCAGCUGGCAAACCAAAGCCCAAGGUACCAGAGCGGAAAUCAUCAUUGCAACCAACCUCUCCUAAUGAGAAGAGUCCAAAGUCAAAGCGAGUCUUUGAUCUACCCAUAACUCCACCACCUCAUUUGGAUCUAUCUGGGCUUAAGAUACCUUUUAAAGGCAAAUCCAAAGCCAGCAGACGACACUCUGAUUCUUCAAAUAGUACUAAAUCUAGCCAGAAGCAUAGCCCUAAUCAACCUUCUAUGCCAAUCAUAACACAGACUGUUUUGGAGUCAGUACGCCUUCGCUCAGUCAGCAGAUCAGAAACCGAGGAUAAUUCAAAGAUUUUAAUUUCACCACAAGAAAUCCACACAGAGUCAUCUGAAACGCCUCAGAAAAUGGCCCGUCCACCUGUUCCUGGAAAACCACCAAUGUCAAAGAGGCCUUCAAGUAUUGUACUGAAGGUUUCUCCCAGUGAGCACCCGACUCCCAUCACUUCACCACCUUCAGAGGCAACUUCCAAAAGAGGUAUUGUCACGGUCUUUAGAAAGGUUGGAGUAAAGAAACAGGAGUCAAUUGAAAUUGUGCCAAGUCAGAAACCGCCUUUGGUGUCACCCAUUGCUGCAUCUCCUCAAUCUCACAAUCUGCAAAUUAACCAUAUGGACGCAAAGCCAACAAGAGGAAGACCAGCCACCACAGAUGAGAGACCAGGGGAAAGUUUCACAGCCCUAACCAGGGGCUCCAUGCAAUAUACUGAGAAGAAGAAAAGUAAGACUCCACCACCUGUCCCUAAGAAACCAAAUGUGCUGAUUGUACCAACGAAUACAGCACACAUACUCGUAGUCACAGAGCGUUCAGGACGGAGUCCACUACACAGUCCAGCUACUAAUCCAGAUUCCAACAGUGCCAACAUUUCAUUUCCUCAAGAGAAGAAUGAAAAAAAUUUGGAAGCGACUGUCACAAAUGCAUCACAUGAUCAGAAUAUUGAUCCAAAUCUAGACAAUAUACCACGUACCAGCAUUCAUUCCGGGAGCAACAGGAAGAAAGAAUACAACAAUGGAUUUGGCCUAUGCCAAAAUAUAAUGUCGAGCACUGCUCCGGGACAGAAUCCCACAGACAUUUCCUUGAAUGCAGCUGCUAAACAGAAAAUUCCCACAGGUGCUCAGGGUGGAGACAUUGUACUGGAGGAUGACGAUGAUGUGUUUAUGUCAUCAGGCACCCAACGUUCCACUGAAGAUCUCUUUACUGUUAUUCACAGGUCAAAGAGGAAGGUGCUGGGGUGGAAGGAGCCUGGAGAAUCAUUCAACAUCAGGCAUGUGGCUGUUUCACCUGUCAAACCCCCAACAACACCUCCCAACAGCGGACUCAAGGUUUCUCCCUCGGCGAGUGGGAAUGGGGUCAAAACCAGCACCAGCAAUGAGAACUUUAAGGCCUUAUUACAAAAGAAGGGCAGCAAGCCUGCACCUGGUACACGCAUGUCUGCUGCUGAGCUUCUGAAAAGCACCAACCCACUUGCGAGAAGGAUUGCGACAGAAUUUACACAGGAGUCAGAAAAGUGCCAACCCAUACUGGAUCCAGUGUCUCCUGAAGAUACUUCAAAGUGUUAGAGCUGUGCCAAUUUAUGAAAAGAAAGGAGAGAAGAUCAAUGUUACUCUGUCUUAUUGAAUGUAAAUUUUUAAUUUUUGCUCUAUCCAUGGAGCCAUUAUACUGUUCCAAGGAAAGAGGAAGCUUUGCACAAACCUGUGAAUGCAAACUUGAGUGAUGAUUUGCCCUUCAUUUAGAUACUUACAGAAUGUCAAAAUUUAAGUAACAUUUUUAUUUCAACCAAUUUUUUGGAUUAAGAACUCUGAGAAAGUUUCUCAUUGUGAGGUGGAAAGAAUGGGAUAGUCAAUUUGAUUUGAAUUAGUUUUAGUUGGACUGCAAAAGCCUGGAGCUUUGAAAAAAUGUACAGCAGAUAAUCUACAUUCCAGCCUGUCAGUCUAAGUGUACUAAGGUCCUAUUGGGAAUUGAAAAUUUAUAAGUUCCUUGGGCUAUACUAUGAGUAAAAAUGCUUAGGUUCUGAUUGUAAAUUUUACAUGCAACUCCAGUGAUUACUGCUUAUCAGUGUUAACCAGUCCAGCAUUAAACUGAAUUUGUGGGAAUUUUUUUUUUUAGAGAUUUUGGAGGUCUGAAAACUCCAAUCAAAGGUAUUCAUACUACAAGAAACUUGGGAAGGAAAUGACACAUUUAGUGUCAUGUUUCAGCUUUACACUGCCACUUGGUCCAAAUUUGUUCUGUGAGUCUUGACCCACAGUGAGGCUUCAGGAAAGGAGAAACUCUCUUUAAGAUUGUAAAAUAGCUGGCUUUGCUGUAUGACUGAGAGACUAUGCCCAUGUGCACCGAGGCUCGUGAAAUCUACGUUGUCUUUCCCCGCAUCUUCCCUUGAAAGAAAGCCAUGGAAACAGGAGUAGAGGCAAAAUUCAGGGUCCAGGAAUUCAUCACUGAGGUCUUGAAAAUGGAUAGUAGUAUGAUGAUUUUUUUUGACUAUUUGCUUAAGAAGCAGUUGUUUGCCUGAUCUGUAAUGUUUGUUGGAAUAGUGCCUCCUAUUAAGUUGUUAAUUUUAUCAAUAUACUGUAAUCUGUAUUAUGGCAUUGAUAUGUAAGAGUUAUUUCAAAGUUUUUUUGGUUGUACAUCAAAGGUAAGCCUUUGAAUUUGAAAGCUUUUAAAAGGCCUUGGUGUUGCCUUGACAAUGAUAUAUAGCAAUGAUCUGAAUGUAGAAACUCUGGAAGGUUUAAGCUUUGGUUGGAGGGGUUUAGUGGUUCCCACUGGUUCUAAUCCUACAUGCUGUUCACAGCCUUAGUCCAUGUGCUUCUUUUAUAUUUCCUAUUGUUCAUAAGAUAAACAAAGUCUCUAUGAUAAGUGAACCACAAAUUGAAGCGUUCUCAUGUUAGAUCCAGAGCUACACCUGGAUUCAUGUCAGUCAUUAGUAAAACUGUACCUCUCUGUUAACAGCCAGUGAUAGCUGCCUUAAGCUUACAGGACAGCUUUUCCUCUGAGCCCAUUGCCAGUGAUAAGUUCCUCUAAACCCAUAGACAGUAAUGUGCCUGUGCCCACAGACAGAGCUGUACUUCUUUCAACACAACCUAGAGGAAAGAAACAAUAAAAAAAAAUUCAUUUGGAAAUAAACAUACUGGUCAUAUUGGACUUCCGCUUUGAGAUAAACAAGCCAAGUUAGACCAUUAUGUGCCAUCCCCAAGUUUAACCAUUUUAUUGUCUCUGGGAAAGCCAGAUUUAUGUUCCACUCUGCUGAAAGGCAGUGCUGUGCUUCUGUCACCUCCGAACUAGAGCUGUGCCUAUCCCAGUCCUAGGGCCAGAGUUAUGAUUGUUGUAGUGCUAAGACAGGAUGCGCCUUUCCUCGACAAAGCAACAAGGUGGUAUGCAUCUGUGGUUUUAACCCUUGUACCCUCAAACUGGGAUGGUGCCCUUGUCUUUAUCCAAUCCAUAUUAGUAAUUUUUCAAUCCCGAGGCAGAGCCACUGCUUUGUUCAAACCAUUCCAGAACCAGAGCUAUAGCGAUUCCAAAUCCCUGAAGCAGGUCUGUGCACAAUGACGCCUCAACCUUUGGUAGUAACUGCAUAGUUGACACAGGAGGUAGAUUCAUUAAUCAACAUGUUCUGAAGGUAAUUAGAAAUAUUAAUAGCAUAAUUAGGUUAAGAGUUUGUUAAAUUUAUUUUGCUUCAACCACUGAGGACAAGCUGGAUAUCACUAUCCCAACCAUUGGAGAACAUUUGCAUACCUCCCAGUCCCUGUCUAAGUUUCAAAUUUAUCUCAGGGUACUCUGUGUCUGGAGGAAAUUACAAACUUAAGGAAAUAAUGGAGUUAAUUAUCUCUGAUUAGUUAAAAUAUGUUAAUAAUGGAAAAACUCUGUCUUCAUAAUUUGCACAGGGUGGUUUAUUAUCUGAGUGAGUUACACUUUAUCAGUUCAUUGAAGCUUUCUGUAAAUAUUCAUAUUUUGUUUUAUCUUACUGUUGAAUGUAUGAGGUUCCCUCUGCCCACCCCAAGUGUCACACAUUGAAAGCAUCACCAUUUCUUAACCAGAGUGCGCUAACAAUGUCGCAUCAUGGUGGGGCUGAGCAAAUGCACCUUGUUAUAAAAGGCAUGUUCCACCAUGUCAGAAUGCAGUGAGCAUCUGUCCUGUGAAUUGUGAGAGAUGAGUGCACUUAAUUCGGGAGGACUCUGUGGCUUUGUUUCUGUGAUGUCUUGCACUUAAAUAUUUGAAAUGAAGUGUGCGCUUUAAAAGUGUCUCAGGAAAUUGGGAAUGAUCUAUAGUUAUUUUUUCAUAUAUUAGAAAAUGCAUUUGCCUCCCCCAUAGCUUAGUGUGAUAUAUAUAUAUAUAUAUAAUCUUUUGGGACAAUCAUUAAAAAAAAACUUGAAGCAAAUUUUAUUUCAAGCUAGUUUUUCUUUCUCCGAUCCCUUGCCAUCUCCAUAAAAGUCCAUAACCAAGGUUUGUUAAAGUUUUAAAUCUGCUCUGAGGCAGACAUUGCUUUCAACUGAGCUAAGAAAUCUUCUUGAGUUUAGAAAUUAUGUUUAAUGGCAUUUCAGUUUGUUUUCCCUCUUCUUGUAAGGAUGUUGUUUCUAGAGUAGAAUUCGACAGAGGUCAGCAUCUUUCUAGUACUUCGACAAGGUAACCGUUUGUCAAAUUUAUGUCUAAACAAUGAUUAUGAGAUGGGCUUAUAGAGGGAUCACAAUCAAACCUGACCUUGACCAAACACAUCCUGUUACAAUCCUCUUGGGUAGCUUAUCAUAAAUUGAACCUCCACUGUUUUUGGAGCCAAAGCAAAUUAUGAAGUUUUUUAAAGGUUUUUUUAUGGUAUGUUUAUUACAAAAAUGUACCUGACUUUCAGCCUGAGGUUGAUGGAAAGCAUGGAUUAAACAUUUUUUGAGUGAUUAGACUAUAGCUACAAGUAAACAGAUAUAAAUCUUUGCCAUAUAUCACUAUUGACCAGAACUCUAAUCCCCCACUAAACACUCCAUUACACACAGAAACAUACACAGACAAAUAGAGAAAAUAGAUUAUUGGUGGAGGUAACAAAACAGACUGGAAAGUCAGUUGAAUGUUCUGUUUCCUGAUUCCAGUGUCGAGACGAUCGUAGGUGCAAAUUACUGCAGAUACUGGAAUCUGCACUGAAAACAAAAAAUGUUGGAAAUCACAGUGGGUCAGGCAGCAUCCGUGGAGAGAGCAAGCUAACAUUUCAAGUCUAGAUGACUCUUCCCACUUUUGCUAGACAGGCCCUUGGUUUUCAACCAUCUUUCACUGGAAGCUACCACUGUUUUGGAUGAAGUACAGAGUGAUUGAUUCACUUGGAAAACAUUUCUAUUUGUCAACUUAAAAGACACACACCUCUCAACAGCUGCUUCAGGAAUUUCAAACUGAGUUUUUCUUUAUUGCAGAAAAUAGGCAGCUUCUGUUGAGGAGAACAACCACACACCCAUCAGUAUCUUCCCCUCUCACUCUCAUUCUUGCAUGCUGUCUGUGUGUCUGUGUCUCUAACUUCUUUCCAGUUCCAACCUGCUCUUUCACUGAGAACCAGACAUUUUAACUUAUACACAGCUCCUCAGCUCCUGAUCAUCUGCACAUUGUCUUGUAGUUAUGAGUUCUUUCAGAGUUCACAAUAGGUAUUGAAUUCCUUGCUGUGAAAUUAAGCAGCCAUCCUGGUAAAGUCCUGUUUUUAUAAAUCAUUCUUUGUCUUUGCUUUUCACAAUUUUUAACGACACAAAAAUAAAAAGACACACUACUUGCAACACACACAGGUACUUAUUGGCAGGGUCGAUUUCUUAGUAAUCUCAAGGGAAAGUAAAGUUCCUUGCUGUUUUUUAACUUACCACAGUUUGAGGAGACUAACGCUUUUGUAACAACUUUUCCGCUGAAGUCAGAUGUGGAAUAUGGGAUAAGGCAAAUGCUUUGCUGAUCUAUAUGACUACAUUCAGUGUCAUUUAUUUAUCCUCUGAUCCAUCAGAUGAACCUUGAUAAAAAUAAAAUAUUUUCUUCCUGUAUUCUCCUCUAGUUUCUAACAGGACGUGCCACCAAUCCUGUGUGCUUGGGCAUUCCUGUGUUUCUAGUAAUACAGUUAUACAACAGCUGCUUGGAAAUAUCUGUGAGAGUGCAAGUUUUUGAUGACUAAAUGUCUGCUUUCUCCUCAUUAUUCAUGUAUGGAAUUUUGCAACCUAAUGUGCCAAGUCUUGCAACAAUUUGCUUUUUUAAUAA